AGGAGAAGCGACCGUAUCAGGCCUGCAAACGCUGUGACCAUGGACGGCUGGGCGGCACGGCUUGAAGCCCCGGUCGCGGUGGUCACGGGAGCGUCCAGAGGGAUCGGCAGGGCCAUUGCUGUGGCUCUCGGCAAAGCAGGGUGCAAGGUGGUUGUCAACUAUGCCAAGUCAGGCAUGGAGGCUGAAGAAGUGUGCAGAGAGAUUGAGGAGUCCGGUGGCACGGCAUUCAGCUUCGCCGCUGACAUCUCCUGCGAAACAGAGGUUGAAUCCAUGAUGAGAACUGUAAUUGAUGCUUGGGGAACUCUGGACGUGCUGGUAAACAAUGCAGGGAUUACACGAGAUGCGCUGCUGAUGCGGAUGAAGCGGACCCAGUGGCAAGAAGUGGUGGACGUAAACCUCACCGGCGUCUACCUCUGUGCCCAGGCUGCGGCGACGGUGAUGAUGAAGAGGAGGAAGGGAAGGAUCAUCAACAUCGCGUCGGUUUCCGGGAUCAUCGGCAACGUCGGGCAGGCUAACUACUGCGCCGCUAAGGCCGGGGUGAUCGGGCUAACCAAAGCCAUGGCGAGGGAGUACGGGAGCAGGAACAUCAAUGUGAAUGCCGUAGCUCCGGGCUGGGUGGCGUCUGACAUGACCGCGAAACUGGGCGACGACGUCGAACGGAAGGCCCUGGAGACCAUACCAUUAGGACGGUUUGGGAGGCCAGAAGAGGUUGCCGGCCUGGUGGAGUUCCUGGCCGUUCAUCCUGCUGCGAGCUACAUCACUGGACAGGUUCUCCCUGUUGAUGGUGGCUUAUCGAUUUGA